UGCCUUCAGUGCACAACAACGCAGGAUAGUGUGUCUGGUCGUACGACUGAGUAGCAGCGUGUGUUAGUCUAAAUACUGUUGGCGUAAUGUGCACAAAACCGAGACUACCCAAAAUUAUGUAUGUGUGUAUGUGAUCGUUAUGAUGCGGGACAGUACACACGCACACAACUAAACCAAAGAGAAGCGUAAAAAAAAAUUCGAUUUCGGGGCACCGCAUCCAUAUACACAUCGUUCGUCCGUUGGAAGUAAAUCGCGUCGACAUUUUAAUUUAGCAGCAAGCACUGUGUGUUGAACAUCGUCGCCAACGAAAAGGGAAGCGACAGUGAAAAGAAUAUCGUUUGGAUACACCGAAACUAAAAUCGAAACAAAAAAGUGUGACAAAGUAAAAAAAAACAGAGCUAAACGAAAAAAAAUUCCAUAAAUUAUUGUGUUGUAAAAGGUUUAAUUCCGUUUAAUUGGUCGACACUCUUCAAUUUUGCUUAAGUGGAGAAAGAAUAAGUGUAAAUGAUAGUAAAAAAAAAUUAAUAAACUUCAGUCGAAACAACUCACACACACAUACACACCCGAUCGGCAUAAUUGAAAAACAUUGAUAGCGUGAACGUUGCAUAAGAUGGAAGAAGAGAAUAACAAACGUGAAACGCGUCGGUCGCGUUCGAAAACACCGUUGACAUUGCGAUCAAGUGUCGAUCGUGAUGUUGAAGUCGACGGCGAAAAGAAAAAAGUAAAAAAGAAUCCAACCGUUGAAACAAUAACUGAAGAAUCGCCGGCCCCAGUUGUCACACAACGCUCCACACGCACCAAACGUAAUGCGGCCAAGGCAACAAAUGAUGAAUCGCAAACAGUUGUAAACAAAGAAACAGUUGCACUGAUUGCAAAUUCAGUGGCUGUUGUGCCACAGGCUAUAUCCGCCUCCGAACAAACAGUGACCAAAACUACAACGGUCAUCACAUCAAAAUCCGUGAAAUCCCUCACUGGCGAACAGUUACUGAAUGAAAAGCAACAGCAUCAAACGCAAACGAUGACCAAAUCAUCUGCAGCCACAACCCGCUCCCGUGAAGCCAAUCAAAACGAGUCAAAUUUGUUGCUGGAACAGAAUGCCAAAUUGAAGACAAGCACUCCACGUGCCAACAAAGACAAAGAUGCCAGCAACAACAGCAACAAUAGCAGUUUCAACAACAGCAGCAGCAUUACGAACGGCACAAAUUUAGAGGAUCAUGUGGCAUUCAAGGAGUACAAAGAGGCCGGCGAAUAUUGGAAUAAAUUCCCAAAAACCGAUUACACAUAUUCAAAACUGUCACAGCAUCGCCGUGAAAUCAAACCGGGCGUGAUUGCGAUGCCAAAUAUGUCGCGUCGCAGUCUGGAGCAUCAUCAAACGCGUGUAAACGAUAUGGUUCGUCGUGAUCCAGCCCAAGAGUCAUUCUUUCGCAGUCGCUACGAGGCAUUGACAACACUGCGAAAACGUCGCGCUGCCGACAGUUACUACGAUUCACAGGACGAAACGGACAUUUCAUUUGGAUUGAAUGGCGGACGAUCAUACACCGAAUCACGUUCGUUCUUCAGCCGCUUGAUCACCGUCAUCACGACAUUCUUCUCGUCGACCUACUAUCACGUGACCAGUAUUUUCCGACGCGAACAACCGCCAUCCAUUUACUAUGCUCGUUUUGCUGAACCGAAGAAGGGCAUCAUUCGACGAAGCUGGUAUAGCAUCACAAACGCCUUUUUGGCCGUGUUCCGCUACAUCUAUUUGGGCAUUUCAACGGUGCUGUACCUCGAUUCACGGGCCUUACAAUCAACAUCACAAGGCAAAAAGAAGGGAUUCCUCAUCGGUCUGCUUGUUCUGCUGCCACUUCUCCUCUUGGGCGGUAAGUUGAACACAUAUUCAAACCUUUUUGUCCAUCAUUUAACGACACCAUUUUUGCGGCCAUUCAAUUUUCUCUCAAUUUUUUUUUCUUAAUUUUUUCAUGAAAAUUAACACAAAAUGGAAAAUUUCCAAAUUUUCUUUUUCUUGUCUAAUUUGAGAGCAUUUUUUGCAUCAUCCACGUUUCACAUUUUAAUACCAUUUUUACUGAUCA